ACUCGGUAAUAUUCUAUUCAAUCCCCACGCUUUCUUUCGUUUUCAUUUAAACCCAGCUUUGUUCCACCACUUCUCCUAUCUUCUUGCUCUGACCAGAUCAAAUUCCACUACUUUACUCUUUCCUCUUUCCUAUUCUCCAACUGAUUCUUCAGAGGGUUAAGGAUGCUAAGCUUGAAGGGAGGGACAAGGCCGCCAUGGGUGGGUCUCGGAGCUUCCGUUUGGCUCACAAUAGCCGCAGGAAAUGGGAACAACUUCCCACUCUAUUCCCACACUCUCAAGUCAGUUAUGGGUCUGAACCAGCAGCAGCUCACCAUGUUUGGGGUGGCAAAUGAUAUUGGGGAGAAUAUAGGCCUCAUUCCUGGCCUUGUCUGCAACAAGUUCCCACCUUGGGUUGUCCUUCUCAUUGGUGUUUUUUCUUGUUUCAUUGGCUAUGGAACUCUCUGGCUUUCUGUUAGUGGUGCUGUUCCCAAUUUGCCUUAUUGGCUGUUAUGGAUAGCGAUAGUGGUGGGUACAAACAGCAGUGCCUGGUUUAACACCUCUUUAAUAGUGACCAACAUGAGAAACUUCCCGCUAAAUAGGGGCAUGGUUUCUGGCAUCCUUAUGGGUUACGGUGGACUUAGUGCGGCAGUCUUCACUGAAGUGUACAGUGUAUUGCUUCACAACUCUUCCAACCUCUUAUUGUUCCUAGCUGUUGGGGUACCUGCCAUAUGUAUCAUCAUGGUGUUCUUCGUCCGCCCGUGCACUCCUGCUUCGGGUGACGACCCAUCAGAGAAUCACCACUUUCUGUUCAUCCAAGCUGCCAGCGCCAUUCUUGGUGUCUAUGUUCUCACAGCAACAAUUCUGGAAGACGUUUUCGUGUUAAGCGUUCCUGUUUCCUAUGCCAUCCUUAUUAUCAUGGUUCUCCUUUUGUCAGCCCCACUUGCAAUUCCUUUAAAAAUGACUUUUUAUCCAUCAGUUCUCAGCAAGUCUUUCAUACUAGAUAAGGGUGCUGAAGAGACGACAACGGAGAAUCUCCUCUCGCCUAGCCUGGAAAGCUUUGAUUCUGGGGAGGGAAUCUCUGAGGUUGAUAUGCUUCUUGCGGAGGGUGGAGGGGCAAUUAAGGAAAAGAGGAGGCCUAGAAGAGGUGAAGAUUUUAAGUUCACAGAAGCUAUGGUCAAGGCCGAUUUCUGGUGUUUGUUUCUUGUCUGUUUUGUUGGGGUUGGUUCUGGGGUUACGGUCUUGAACAACCUUGCACAGAUAGGGAUCGCACAAGGUGUUCAGGACACUACAAUCCUGCUUUCGCUCUUCAGUUUCUGCAAUUUUGUGGGCCGUCUUGGUGGAGGGGUCGUUUCUGAACAUUUCAUCAGGUCAAAAGCUCUUCCAAGAACAUUUUGGAUUACAUGCACACAAGCAGUGAUGGCACUUACAUACCUUCUAUUUGCUUCUGCACUUGAUGGAACCCUCUACAUUGCAACCGCUCUACUUGGGAUCUGCUAUGGAGUUCAUUGCGCUGUAGGGGCCCCCACUGUAUCCGAGCUGUUUGGCUUGAAGCAUUUCGGGCUAAUUAUCAAUUUUAUUGGAAUAAGUAACCCACUUGGCGCUUACCUCUUCUCAGGCCUCCUUGCGGGAUACUUGUAUGAUGAAGAGGCUGCAAAGCAGCAUAGCGACACUUGCAUCGGUCCUAACUGCUUUAGGGUAACAUUUCUAGUUCUGGCGGGACUUUGCUCUGUCGGAUGCCUUCUUAGCAUACUCCUGACUGUGAGGAUAAGGCCGGUGUACCAAAUGCUUUAUUCUGGGAGCUCAUUCCGCUUGCAACAAAGCUUAGCUUGAACCUUUGAAGUUUUGUGGACAACUACUUUGGGGAUCUUUGCAGUUUUAGUAAUCUAUAGAUCCUAUGCUUGCUCCCUCUUUUUAUCACUGUGGAGUAAAGAGUAAGAGUUUGUUGUUUGCUCGUCAUAAACAUUAGAAUUGUGUGUGUGUUUAUUGUGCUUAUUUCCGUAACAUAUACGUAGUAGUAAUAUACGUAGUUGUUUUGCUAGGUGUACACAUUUUGUGCACACAAAAUGUGUACACCAAGUUUUUUUCUAAAUACAAAUGUCGCCAUGCCUCCAUUGCAAGUUCUAAUGGAAACUUUAUUAAUUUGAGCAGUGCAAUUUAUUACCAACUCCUUUCAUAGUUGAGCCUUUAC